GGCGUGCCUAGUAACGCGGGUUGUCAGGAAGACGGUGGAGAGAAAACAUGCGCAUCUCUGUGAUUUGUUUACAUUACUCUAUGAAGUUAGAUGUGACAAUAAAUCCAAUGAACGCGUUAAUUAUUGACAUGUUUUAAGAGUCUGAAAAUCGCGGUCAUAUCCCUCCAAGUGCAUCGACCUUCACCCCCUUAAUUUUUUUAGUAGGGUGGAGUUUAAUUUUCUGAACUCUAGUGAGAUUUAUCUGAAUCUCCAGGAUGUCUGCAAGGUUCACCGUCAAAGAUUAAGAGUUUGCUUGUGCAGUUUUGUGAAAUACGUUUUGUAAUGACGUCAUGACAUAUUGAAGUUGAAUCAUCAAUGUGCAUUUUGGGAUUGUGUGAGUGGCCUAUCAGAUAGGUCUCCCAUUGGCAUCCCUCGGCUGUUGCCAUGGGUACCGCAUCCUCUCUGGUGAGCCCUGGUGAGGUGAUUGAGGAUGCAUACGGCGGUGAGGGCGGGGAAGCGUGUGAGAUACCAGUGGAGGUGAAACCAAAGGCUCGACUGUUGCGUAGUUCGUUCCGGCGUGGCCCUCGUGUUAUCGGCGCCAGCUUCAAAUCCACUGGAUCGGUGGAACUGGAGUACGCUGCUGAGUAUGAGCGCCUGAGAAAAGACUACGAGAUCUUCAGGGUCAGCAAGAACAAUGAGAUCACCUCAAUGCAGAAGAAAGAAGCCAAGCUGGAUGAGGAGAACAAGAGAUUGCGUGCUGAGCUGCAGGCUCUUCAGAAGACCUACCAGAAGAUUCUCAGAGAGAAAGAAAGUGCCCUGGAGGCAAAGUAUCAAGCCAUGGAGAGAGCAGCUACCUUUGAACAUGACAGAGACAAGGUCAAACGACAGUUUAAGAUAUUCCGGGAGACGAAGGAGAAGGAAAUUCAGGAUUUGCUGCGAGCAAAACGAGAUCUGGAGUCAAAGCUUCAGCAGCUGCAAGCUCAGGGCAUCCAGAUUUAUGAUCCAGCAGACUCGGAUUCAGAUGACAACCGGACCACUGUCACCACUGCAGGCACUCAGUGUGAGUACUGGAGUGGUGGUGUGUUGGGCAGUGAGCCGUCAAUGGGCAGCAUGAUGCAGUUACAGCAGACACACCGGGGUCCAGAGUUUGCUCACAGUCUCAUAGAUGUGGAGGGGCCAUUUGCUAAUGUCAGCAGAGAUGAUUGGGAUGCUGCUGUGUCCAGUCUUCUGCAGGUGUCUCCUCAUGUGUCUCAGGCUCUGUGGAGCAACACAGUCCGCUGCUACCUCAUAUACACACAGGAGACCAGGGCCGAGUUACAGGCCUUUAUACAGACUCACUCUUUAAAGCUACAGAGGUUCUGUGAAGGUUUAGGGCAUUUCUAUCUGAACGUGUUGUUUCCUGAGGAGAAUGGUCUUCUGUAUCUGACUGAACGUAGACAGGAGAUCGAGAGGAGCUCUGUGUGUGUGCUGCUGCUCAAGUCUUCAGUGUCCAGUUGUGUUAUAGAGGAUGUGGAGGAAGCCUUUGUGAAGACCCAAGACUCUCGUCCUCUUUUGCUGUAUUUGCGAACAGGAGACAGAAAAGGCGAAAAGGAGGAGGUGUCCACCCUCAGUCCAGCCACCAGAGAACUGCUGGAAAAAGUGAACAAGGCUGACAAAAGUGCCAAGCUUAAGGUGGUAGAUCAUUCUGGGUCCACAGAGGAAGGAGCUGCUCUGAUCUUCUCUCAGCUAGAAAGAAUCAUCAAACAGGAGUUGUUGGGGGUGGAGUUUGAAGAGACUGGGGCGAUCGAGGAGAGGGAGGAGGAAGACUCUGGUGAUGUACUGUGGGAUCUUCAUGAUGAACAAGAGCAGAUUGAGGCGUUUCAGCAGACCUGCGGUGCUGCGGCCAAAUUCAGCUUCCAAAAAUACGUUGACCGACUCAAUGAUAUGGUCGCCGCUCCUCCACCCACGCCACCACUGCUGGUGUCCGGCGCGCCCGGAUCAGGCAAAUCGCUUUUGCUUGCUAAAUGGAUAGAGUUACAGCAGAAACACUCUCCCAACACCCUGACUCUCUAUCACUUCACUGGACGUCCUCUCUCUACCAGUGCAGAUCCAGUGCUUAUUAUUAAACGCCUCACAGUGAAGCUACUCCAGCAUUUCUGGUCUAUAUCUGGUCUCUCGAUGGACCCCUCUAAAAUCCUUGAGGAAUUCCCACGGUGGUUAGAACGACUGUCUGCGCGUCACCAUGGCAACAUCAUAAUCAUCAUCGACUCUAUUGACCAAAUACAGAAUGCAGAGCGUCACAUGAAGUGGCUGAUCGAUCCACUUCCUGCGAACGUGAGGGUGCUGGUCUCAGUUAACGUGGAAACCUGCCCACAAGCAUGGAGAUUGUGGCCCACGCUGCACCUCGACCCACUUAACCCCAGAGAGGUGAAGAGUGUCAUCAGUACAGAGUGUGCAGACAUGGAUAUAAAACUAACCAAAGACCAGGAAAAGAAGUUGGAGAGACACUGUCGUUCAGCUGCAACCUGCAAUGCUCUCUAUAUCUCACUGUUGGCCAGACUCAUAACACACUCCAGAUCCUCCUGGACAUUGGAAAGGACUCUGCAGCAUUGUGUGUCGUGUCACGAUACAGUGUCGCUGUACAGAUUGAGCCUGAAGGUGGUGCUGGACUCACUGAGCACAGAUCAGGAAAAGCACAUCUUGAGAGAGUUACUGUGCUUACUGUGCGCUAGUCACAAUGGUGUCAGCGAAUCUGAGGCACUGGAGCUGUUCUCAGACCUGAGUUUUUCCAUGCUCACCUCAAUGCUCCACAGUCUGCAGAGGCUGCUCAUAAUUACUUAUGCCUGCGGUCUCAUCCGCUUUCAGCAUCAACAGGCUUGUGAAGCGGUCAACCAGGAGUUUAUGGAUGAGGGUCGACACUGUGGAUCUUACAGAGAGAGACUUAUUCAGUUCUUUAGUCGACAACUGGAUCAAGACAGAGUCACAUGGCGUGUUGCGGAUGAGUUACCGUGGUUACUGCAGCAACAGGAAGACAGGGUUAAGCUCCAGAUGAGUCUGCUUAAUUUAUUUGUGUCCCAGAAUCUCUACAAAAGGGGUCACUUUUCAGAGCUUCUUGCAUACUGGCAGUUUGUCGGUAAGGACAAGUGCUCCAUGGCCACAGAGUAUUUUGACUCUUUAAAGGAGUUUGAGAAGACCUGUGAAAGCGAACAGAGCAUGAGUCAACUGGCCAACCUCUAUGAAACAUUGGGACGCUUCCUUAAAGAUCUGGGAUUGCUCAGCCAGGCGGUGGCCCCUUUGCAGCGUUCCUUAGAGAUUCGUGAGACGGCACUGGACCCAGACCACCCGAGCGUGGCACAGUCCUUACAUCAGCUGGCGGGCGUCUACGUUCACUGGAGGAAAUUCGGAAAUGCAGAGCAGUUGUACAAACAAGCUUUGGAGAUCUGUGAAAAUGCCUAUGGACCCGAACACAGCACCGUGGCUAGAGAACUAGAUUCACUUUCACUCCUCUACCAGAAACAAAACAAGUAUGAACAGGCUGAGAAGUUAAGAAAGAGAUCCGUCAAAAUCAGACAGAAAACGGCACGCCAGAAGGGCCACAUGUAUGGUUUUGCUAUUUUAAAACGCCGAGCACUGCAGUUAGAGGAACUGACACUUGGUAAAGACUCAGCAGAUUGUGCCAAGACUCUAAAUGAACUCGGAGUGCUUUAUUACCUGCAGAACAACCUCGAUGCCGCAAAAGUGUUCCUGACGCGAUCGCUGGAAAUGCGUCAACGUGUGCUGGGAGCGGAUCACCCUGACUGUGCCCAGUCUCUGAACAACCUGGCCGCGCUGCACAGUGAGAGGAAAGAGUACGACAAAGCGGAGGAGCUGUACGAAAAAUCCCUCGACAUUCGCAAAAGAGCCCUGGCGCCUGACCAUCCGUCUCUUGCCUAUACCCUCAAACACUUGGCCAUGCUUUACAAGCGCAGGGGAAAGCUGAAAAGGGCAGUUCCUCUUUAUGAACUAGCUCUUGACAUCAGAGAAAAAAGCUUUGGACCCAAACACCCCAGUGUGGCCACAGCUCUGGUUAACCUAGCUGUUCUUUACUGCCAAUUGAAGCAGCACAGUGAUGCUCUGCCUCUAUACGAGCGAGCGCUGAAGGUGUACGAGGACAGUCUCGGCCGACUGCACCCUCGUGUUGGAGAGACCCUUAAAAACCUGGCUGUGCUCAGUUAUGAAGAGGGAGAUUUUGAGAAUGCUGCAGAAUUGUACAAGCGAGCCAUGGAGAUAAAGGAGGCGGAGCCUUCCCUGGUUUGUGGGAAAGCCCCCUCGCGUCACUCAUCCAGCGGUGAUGCGUUUAGCAUACAACCCCCUGCUCUGCCUCAUACUUCAAGGUGACACUUGACCUUUUCAACAUUUCCUAAUUUACAUCAGCUCUAUUUGCCAUAUUCAAUACGAUACUUCAUUGUCUCAGUGAAAGGAUUUGUGCACAGAUCAAUCAAAUAUGCAUCAUGAAAGACAGCCAGAUCAUGAGUAUUAAUUUUUACGGUACUUUACAGUACAAAUCAAGUAUUUAUGCAUUAAAAUGUGUUAAUAAAAAGGGUUCUCUUUGUAACACAGCACUCUAUACUAUAGCAAUGGUAUCAAACCCAGCUCUUGUUGGGCCACCAUCCUGCAAAAUUAAACUGUGUUGUGUUUUUUAGUGAUGAACAAGACAGUGUUAUAUGAUGCAGAAGUAUUUGAACUUGUAUUUUCUAUGUAUUUGCUUUGUAUACAAUUUUUGAGUAUAUCUUUUUAUCACUGUUAGUUAAAUUGAUAGUUGGUUGAUCUUCUAAUAAAUGCUAAAUAAAUAAAUACAUAUAUUUCAUUAAAACAUAGGGCAGUUUCCCGGACAGGGUUUAGAUUAAUCCAGGAAUAGGCCUUUGAUAUAUUAGGACAUUCAGGUUGUUUUUAUAAACAUACCUUACAAUAAAUAUUUCCGAUGUGCAUCUUAAAACAAAACAAUGGCACGAUAUCUUAACGACAUUAAGUGCAAGAUGUUUUCAGUUAAGACAGCUCAAAUAUGCAUUUUAGUCUCAGAUUAGGCUUAAGCCCUGUCUGGGAAACCGCUUUUAUAACAUAUAUAAACAAUAUAAUAAAACUAGAGCUGGGCAUAGAUUAAUCUCAUACAAAAUAAAAGUAAUUUUUUGCAUAACAUAUGUGUUUGUGCUGUGUGUAAUUAUUAUGUAUAUAUAAAUACACACACAAUCAUGUAUGUAUUUAAGAAACAUUU